GUAAUACACAUUACCUUAUUUGAAAACAUGUCAAACAUAAAUGACUAAUGAUGUUUUUGAAUUUAAGAGAGAUUCAAUUUAAUUCGAAUUACGUCUUAACUUUUGAAACCUAGACGAAACCUUGUAUCAUGUCGGAUUAUAAACGUAAAUUAAAGGAGUAAGAAAGUUAACGCACAGAGUUCAUGAAGGAAAGAACACUAUUUCACUUGUGUGUUUUUGUAUUUACAACUACUCAAUACCUAACAGUUGAAUCAUGUGAUACUGACCAGUUCCAGUGUACCAAUGGUCAGUGUAUUCCAGCCAAAGCCAGAUGCGAUGAUAAUUUUGAAUGUUCAGAUUAUUCUGAUGAACUUAACUGCAUAUUUGUUCAACCUUGUCCCGAAGCUCUCUACCGAUGUGAAACAGGACAAUGUGUUGAUAACAAAGCUAAAUGUACUUCAUCAGAGUCUGUUAUGCCGUCACCAUCAUCUUUUGUGGAUGAUCAGCUAGUUUCAACGGUCACAGCAUAUAUUCCUAGUCAAUCAUCAUAUCAUCAGGCGACACAGAUGCCUACAUCUACCGAAAUUUCCGAAAAACUACAUUCGUCAUCUACUCUAUUGGACGCAAUCAAUUACACACCCAGUUUGAAGCAGACGACUAUAUGGACAGAUUCAUUUACAUCCUAUAUCACUGCAUCAAAACCUAGUCAUACAGCAAGUAAAACGUUUUUACAGUUAUAUUCAACACAAUCCACAACAUUGAAUGUGUCUCCAGAAUCAAAUCUACAGCCCAGAAAAAGUGGGACGUCACAAGUAUCUUUGUCAUCUUUGGAACCAUCAACCACUGUUGACCAGUUAUCAAAUAUCAUAUCAUCAAAUACAGACCAACGAACAACAACACAAACUUAUAUCAAGUCGAACUUUAUAGCUUCUUCGAUGACUAUUGAGGCUAGCAAAAGUAUGCAUUUUGAGACAUCAGAACUUGAUAUAACAACAAAUCAUCACUCUUUUCUGUUUGUUAAUUUCUCAAGUAUGGUAUCGUCAAAACCUUUACAGUCAGUAAACUCAACGCCUUUAACGUAUUUAUCAACAAAAUCAUUUCUUCACACUUCGGGAGAUAUGUCUAUGUUCUCGGCAUCGGAACGAAGCGUACAUACCUCAUUGUACACGACAUUACCGCCAAACAAAUUUACAUCAAGAGACGUACAGUCCAUUUUACCUCCGUUGACAUCAUCUGAACAGCAAAGAACAUCAACACCACUAAAUGGUCUGCUUGAGACUACAUCAAGUAGUACCGAACAUCCGACGAUAAAAACGACACCUUCAUUUGAAAGUACCGUUCCGGAAGAUAAAAGAGAUAAUGGUACAGCCUUUCCUUAUUGGGUCAUUGUCAUUAUAGUUGUCGUUACUUUGAUUGUCAUGACGACUUUGUAUAUCAUAUACAGACAUUAUGUCAGGAAAAGGACGAGGAAAAAAGAGUUUGGUAGUAUAACCAGUAUGGAUAUGGUCCACCCAGACAUUGUACCAAAGGAUACAAAACAUAAAUUUCAUGGAGGAAUGAUUCAAACAUCGUCUUUCAACAGAGUACACCAAUACCAUUGAUCUCUAAUAUUAAUAGCUAGUAUUACAUAUUUCCACGUGCCAAAUCAUCUAAUUUUUUUACAUUAAUUUAAACAUGAAAUUCCUUACCAA